AUGGCCCCGGAAGUGAUAGAGAGGCGGCAGUAUGGAAAGGCGGUGGACAUCUGGGCCGCCGGAGUACUUUUGCACGUACUUUUGUCCGGAACUCUACCAUUCCACGGUUCCGGGAGAAGACUGAUGGACGCUAUAUGCCGCGGAAAAUUGCACCUGGACACAUCUCCACAAUGGGAAUUCAUUAGCGAUAACGCGAAAGACUUAGUUUCCCAAAUGCUUUCCGUAGACCCCAAGCAAAGAAUAACCAUCCAGGAAAUAUUGAAUCACAGGUGGUUGAGGGUAACUGUCGCAACAAUCAUUGACUCUUUAGACGAUAUUUACUGUCUACAGGAGUCUCAACCACAAGAGUACUCUCAUUUGCUUCAACUUCUGGAGGAUACGCAUCUACACGUGCUGCUGAAACUUUUCGACCGUAUCGGCAGCAAGGUGGCGGCGCCUGUACGCGCGCCGCCGAGCGACGCCGUUCAGUGCGCCCGCGACGCCGCCGACGCCCUACGGGAGCUGGAAAACCGACGCGACACCGACCACAGGGACCUGCAGGAACUCAGGGAUCUGCUUUGCCGGCCGCAUUUUAAGGUGAGUCUCUUCAGAAUUGCAGUUCGUAACUCGAUACAGCGGCAUCGAGUUGGCGUGGUAAACAGGGCCAAAAAAGCGAACGUCGUCGCUCACUCGUUCGCAUUCGAGGACAUCUAG